AUGGAGUCUAUUCAUGCGCACAUCUAUUUCUUGAGCUCUGGGCUGAGCACAACGAAAUUCACGCUCGAGGAGGUGCUAUCCUCCAUGCAAGACAGAAACAGAGACUACAAGCACAACGUCUGGAGUUUGCAUCGCAUGUACGCGCACCGUUGCUACGCCCCCCGGCUCAUGCAGUCAAAGUUUGGACAAGGUUUCUUGCGCUUGCAGCGUGGAGAUCCCCGCGUGUGUGACACUGGAGCUUGCAAUGCCUCGUUUUUCGGGUCUGGCGUCCGUGGUUCUAUGCCGGCAGUGCUGCUUCAGGGGCAUAAGAGGCUUCAUGAGUACCAGUCUAACCAAGGACACAGACCAGCGCUUUGGAAGCCGGGCGGAAACGAGGCUGACUGCCGGGCCGCGUCCAGCCAUUUGCUGCUACAGGAGUUCGUGGGUCAAGACUUUCUGGGAGUGUCAGGGGCAUGGAAGGCGUGCCUGCUCUUGCAAGGCGAAGUGUACAUGCGUCGCGCGGAUCAGCGGCUGUUCCUCUCGCUAGGGUACCGAGGCCAUGCCGCUGUCGGCUAUCAAAUAGAACAGAGGAAUGAUGACCUGUUUUACAUUGUGGACAACGCAACGGAGUCUACACUUGCAUGCCGUUCCAACUUGCAGCUAAUGGUCCAGACACGCCUUGGUGAACCAGGCUCACAAGAAGCUAAUGAUGAAGAAUUUGUUUUCGUUCCGACUGAGGUGCGCAUUGCGACAAACACAACCGUGGUCAGAUUCAAUGAGAAACAACUGGGUCACAAGUCGCGCAUCAUGUCUCUGCUGGGGAAAUUUUUCCCGCAGAUGCCUGACAACGAAAAGAAACUUCGGCUGUCAUGUAUCUUAGACAAGGAUGUGGGUACUGAAGCCCCGUAUGAGGACAUCGUGCGAGAGGCUUUGCACAAGUUGGAUCCCUCGGACAAGGUGCCUUUUGCUGGGCUAGCUGACAAGCUAGAGAGUCAACACCGUUCCGCACUUAUCAUGAAAAGACUGAAUGCAGACGACAGAAAGGAGAUGGAGGAGGCCACGCCUCAGAUGGUUAAAGACCUUCGCCCUCCGGAGUGCCCAGAGUACGCUUACUUGUACUUCCAGCCACAGAACAAUGGAUUUCUGGCCUCUUGGCCUGACGAUGAUCCGAACAAGAAGCCGUUGAGGACUUUCAAAGCCAUCACUGACAAGGUGACGCCGAAACAAGCUCUUCAACACUGUGUGAACUUCCUUUACAAGCACUACCACAAGGGCGGCGGCGUCCUCCGUCUCAAG